GUACCACGAUCUUAAAUGUCUCUCAUAUAGGGAUGGAAUAUUGCAUAUACAAGAAAAAAACUUUCUCGGUUGACACUGAUGAUUUUAUUGGUCCUUUCUAUUUGGGCAAUUUAUCAACAACAUAUGCAGAUUCAGGAGCUGGUAUUUGGUCCCCAGACGGUCUAAUUGGAAUCAAACUUGAUGAUGAUAAGUAUUUGAAGAAAUUUGUUGGCGUUUAAAUUUUUGGUUCUAUGUAUAUUGAUCUUAAAUAUAUUAAUUAAUGAUUAUUUUUAUAUUUUAUUUAUAAAUUUUCUUUUGCCUUUUUGCAACUGCUAAAAAUAUCUGUUAAUUUUAUUACGGAUUUCAUUUUUUCCGUUUAUCGAUUUUAUAUAAAUUUCUCACAUUUAAUUCUAAAAAAUAUUUUCAACCCCAAAAUAUCUUCAUCAUGUCAAGUUUCCAUUUUUCUUCAAAAGUGCUUAAUUUAGUUGACACGAGACCAAAAGCUGAUGAAUUGAAGGGAGCUGUUAAAUUGGAUCCAAAUUUGAAGGAAUAUUUGCAGUUUGGAGAUGAAUCAUUAAAUACACACUUUAUUAUGAGACCAACAGUUUUACCUCAAAUUCUCGUUCAUUUGACAGAAAUGCUAGUUGGAAUUUUGGGGAUUUGUAGCGACUCUUCUAGCGUUGCUCGCCGUUUUGGCCUUUCAAAAGUUCCUCGUUUCUUUCGUUUAGUUCUUCAAUUAGAACGGCCUUUCUACGAUUUAUUUAGAAUUCUUGUUGAGCUGUUUUGUCGAACAUGGAAGGAUAUGAAUGCAAAAUUUGAUGAAAUCAACAAAGUUUACAAUGUCGUCCAAGACCAAUUUGAACGUUCGCUUUUUGAAAAUCCAAAUUCAUUGGAACAAUUAGAAAUUGAAAUGCUUCGCAAACGAUUUUCUUAUUUCAAUAUGCAAAAGGUUCAAAAAACUCCUCCAGGACUUUUAGCAAUAUGUGCAAUAAUUGAGUAUUUUAUUUUUAAUUAA